AAUACAAUCAGUGACACUAAAAAUCAUUACAAUCAAAAUGAAAGUAUACGCAACCAUUUGUUUAUUCAUUGCCUUGACCUCCGCUGAAUAUGUGGUCAAGACCCGUGAGAAUCUCUUGCAAUAUCGCAAUGAAUGUGUGUCGGAACUUGAGAUUCCUGAGGCUCAAGUGGAGCACUACAAGCAAUGGCAAUAUCCCAAUGAUGCCAUCACCCAGUGCUACAUGAAGUGUGUCUUCUCCAAAUUCGGUUUGUUCGAUACAACCUCGGGUUUCAAUGUCGAGAACAUUCACCAACAGUUGCUGGGCAGUCAAGCCGAAGCCAAUCACGAUGAUGUUCUCCAUGCCAAAAUUGAGUCUUGUGUCGAUAAGAACGAACAGGGUUCGAAUGCCUGUGAAUGGGCUUAUCGUGGUGCCACUUGCUUUAUUAAGAACAAUUUACAGUUGGUGCAACAAAGUGUUGGCACAGCUCAAGCCUAGUGAUAUUACUUACAUGCGUAAAUAUUUUAGAAAUAACAAAACUUUUUUAUCGUAAAUGACGUUUUCAUAAAUACAGCCUAUAUUUUAUAAAAAAACAAAA